AAGCAACUAGCGCUUAGGGCUAGAGCCUCCUAACGUGUCCCGCACAACGACGAGGCCUCCAACAUGUUAGAACAUGCUAAAAGGGAGACAGCUUCAACCAUUGCUUGCUUCAUCUUCUAAUCGACAAAGCUAACUAACUAUCUUGGAUUUGUUAAAACCACUGAUGGUUUGUUAAGUUCCACUCUCUUGUUAGCUUCAUUCAUUCGCUUUACUCUAUUCAGUCUAUUUGCCACUAUUUGAAAUCUCUGUAGGCUCCCGCUAACUACCCCACCAUCGAUAGCGACAGCAUUAUUGCUAAAGCCAUCCUCUAUCAAAGCGACCACAGACCUGGAUCGUGGGAGAAUAUAAAUACAGAGAAAAGGAAUAUUCGCACCUACUCUGUGGAGUCGACCUUCGCUUCACUGCUCUAAAUUUUAUUUUAGUUGCCUCUGCACCCAACAGCAGAGGGCCCUAGUCCUGCCCAAUAUACCCCAGUGGUCACUUUGGCUUACAGACCUAGACGUCUCCUCUUUUAAGCAGCAUACGAUAACCAAUGAUCCAAGCCCGUUCUUAUACUAUCUCACGAGGCCCUACUUACGGCUAGCAGUUUUUGAACAUGGGGAAGACACAGGCCCUUCUAAAUUGGUAUGCGAGUCUGAAGUCUCGAAAUGUCGACCUGGUAGGAGACUAUGCAGGCGACGAACUGUUUUUCAUCGAAGGUGACUCACUGCUCGCCCACACUUUCGCGGACGAGAAACUGGAUUUGAACCCUGGCUUCCAGCUGUUGCAUGCUACAUACAUGAUAGAGAAUUUCCUGCGAGGAUUGCACCAGCGGAAAUGUACUUUCCAUAUCGUCUUUUUUGAGGAACAUGCAAAACUAUGCAUUCCACCUAAUAUGCCAGAUGACCUUCAUCCCAGGUGUCUCCUAGCCCGGGAAGCUAUGAUCCAACACUUGCAGAGCAAUGUUGGCACACAAGCUCCGCCUAUUGAGAUUAAAGUCUUUGACUCCUAUGAAGCCAACGAUUUUAAGAGCUACCUGGCCGCUUCUGGAGCGUACUUCAUCAUGUGUCAUGAUGGUGCCUUUGCCAAUAUUGAUUCGAGAGAUGAUUCUGUGGCCAGCUCCGACGAUGAGGAUGGCUUCUCUGAUGGAAAUUCAGGAAUGUCUGAUGACAACGAUGACCAGGAUAGCUACUACACUUCCGAUGAAGAUAUGUCGGUGGUUUCAAGCGAUGGUACCCGUCAUGCGAUCGGUUUUCGAUCUAUGAUAAAUUGGUUCAUUUGCCUUGGCUACAAUGUUGGCCUCCUUAAUAGCUUGGAAUGCCGGGAUACCAAGGUAAUGGCGAUGAUUAUGGAAGGCACUGCAAAAGGUGCUCUAGAGGUGUCCCUACAUACCUUCAUUACUAAUAAGAAUCAAACCAAUAGUCCUGACAUGGAGCAUGUUGACGACGAAGAGUCUGAUUCAGGAUCAGAGCCUGACUCUGACAGCUUAGACGAUACUGAUACUAACGAGAUAACCACCAAGGAAUUUACGAAAUUGGAUUUAAAUGCGAGUAGCUUCCUUGAAGCCAAUGCAGCAAGUAACCCACAGGAUUUGAAAUUCUUACAAGAAUUUCGGGAUACCUUGACGACCUCCGCUUGUCAAGAUCUAACCCAAAGCGACCUCGCCGUCGUCAUGACGCUGAGCCUCAUGUACAAAAGCGGCGCCCCGGAUGGAAAUAGUGCCACGGAAUCAGAAGCAAUGCUUUUACAUACUGCCAUUAUACAUGAGUGUCGUCUUUCUGAUCGUGCCGUCAACCCAAAACCAAAUAGCGGUGAAGAUUUCUUCACAGCCUUUAUUAGAUCGGCCUAUCUAGUGCUUAAAUCUGAUUCUUGGAAAGCAAUUGUGGAAGAUAGCUCAUUGUAUUGCGAUUUGGCUGAUCUGCUUGACGGCAGGAUAUUUUUCCAUCUUUUGAGUGGAGGUAUCUCUCAAGAUAUUUCCAAAUCAUCGGUUAUUUCAAAGUUUGAGUCUCUCACGGCCUGGGUGGAGCAACUCUGUGGCAUGCGCAUUACGUCUGGAUUAUUAAACUCAGCACAAUCAGAUAAACCGAAGAAACCCAAGAACACCAAAGCAGCGGCCAUUGGAAAAGAAAUUUCCAGACCUGUACUCCCUUUCAGGCAUCCUGUCUUCGAUGCCCAUCUGGGACCUGUCAGGCUUACAAUAGACAAGUCCCAUACACAAGGUAUCACAAAAAAGACUUCCCGGAUUUUCCAAGAGCUCAGCCAUUGGCAUAACCACCGUCGCCCACUUGGAGUCAAAAUUACUGGCCCGAAAAUGACAGAGAAGCAAGCAUUCUUUGCUAACCGCCGCAAUCAAUUCUUCAUGGCCGAGAUGGCCGAUUAUGCGGCAAGCUUAACAAAUGCGACAGGUGGCAUACUAAAACCGGAGACAGUUUUCGUACAGUCUGGGAAAGAUGAAAAACAGAAGAAGCCAGCAGCAUCAAAGCCCACUAUCGCUCCUCGUCCUAAGGUCAAUGAGAAAAAGGGCCCGGCGAAGUCGAGCGGCAAAAGGAAUCCCACGAAGGAUCUCGCUACCGCCGCGAAUGAGAAAAAGAAAAGGGAAAUGAUUGACAAGCAGCUACAGGCAUGGGCCAAGGUGAAAGCCACUUUCGAUAAGGAAUCCGAUUUGGCAAUCCGGUUCACGAACGUCAAGAAAUACUUGGCUGAACGUCCAAGUGACAGCCGCGUCACUCUAGAAGCUGAGGUUUCGACUUACAUGCUGAGCAUUUUGGUUCAGCUAUGGAUAAACAGAUGCACCGCCGGUGAACGAGACAGGUCCCUCCACAUUGCCGCAUUUAUUUGGGAUAUGGUUUGUCGGAUUGCCAAGAUCAAAGAAGGGGUCACCCCUGAGAUUGCGGCAUACGUUAAAGAAGCCGUCAAAGCCCUUCGGUUGCCAGAUAUAGAUCUCGGCGUCCAACCCAGCCGGAAGUCGUCUCAGGCAACAGCAGAGUUUUCUCUGCUAGAGUCUGCUAAAAAAGGGACUCUGGAUAUCGGGUUGUCUCCAACGGAAUUCCAACUUAGCCAUGCUGCUCCUUUCUUUGAUCGAAACAUGGAUUCCGCUCCUGAUUCUCGUGUCCGUGAUUUUGAGCCCGAUGCGUGGCAGCGACAGGUGCUGGACGAGAUUGACGGGAAUAGAAGUUUGUUUGUGGUUGCACCCACUUCCGCUGGAAAAACAUUUAUUUCUUUCUACGCGAUGAAGAGAAUUCUUGAAGAUGAUGACAACAGCGUCUUGGUAUACGUCGCUCCAACGAAGGCCCUUGUUAAUCAAGUCGCUGCCGAAAUUCAAGCUCGGUUUUCGAAAUCAUUUAAACACGGCGGAAAGUCUGUAUGGGGCAUACACACCCGCGACUACCGCAUCAACAACCCUACCGGCUGCCAGGUUCUAGUCACCGUUCCGCAUAUUCUACAGAUCAUGCUCCUUGCGCCAGCAAAUGCCAGCUCAUGGUCAUCCCGAGUCAAGAGGAUAAUUUUCGACGAAAUUCACUGCAUCGGUCAAGUGGAAGAAGGUGUUGUAUGGGAACAAUUGCUGCUCCUUGCACCCUGCCCGAUUAUCGCUCUGUCUGCCACGGUCGGGAACCCGCAAGCAUUCAGCAACUGGCUAAACAUGACCCAGAAGGCGAAUGGCAUUGAUCUCACGAUGAUUGAGCAUCGGCAUCGUUACUCUGAUCUGAGGAAAUACGUUUACAAACCGCCGAAAAAAUUCCAUUUCAAUGGUUUACCAGACUCUGUACCGUUCGCCCCCACAAGCCUAGACAAUGCAUUCGGUAUGGCAUUUAUGCACCCGGUAGCGUGCAUAGUGGACCGUUUGAGAGGAAUGCCAGAAGACCUGACUUUGGAAGCACGCGAUUGCUGGUUGUUGUGGAAUGCGAUGAAGAAAUACCAAACAGCAGACUUUCCUGUGCCUAAAUCGCUUGACCCUGCUGUUGCCCUACCAGAUAUCAUUCGCAAGGUUGACAUAGUCAAUUGGGAAGCAGAACUCAAACCGCUCUUGAAGAGUUGGAUCGCGGAUCCAAAAUCACCCUUUGACUUGGUUCUGAAAGAGCUUGAAUCUCCCGUGAGAAGUGCCCAACGGCCUGAUAUUCAGAUCUCGUCUCGCAAGCCAAGAGAAGCUGAAAGCUCACCAACUGAGAUACGUUACAACUACUUGGAGACAACACUUCCUCUCAUCUGCUCACUACAGGAGCAAGGCGGUCUUCCAGCGCUGUUCUUCAAUUAUGAUAGAAGCGGCUGCGAGGCGAUUUGUGAGAAGGUACUAACAGAGCUUGAGGCAGCGGAAGAAAAAUGGAAAGAAUUGAACCCAGUUUGGAAAGCUAAAGUCGCUGCGUGGGAGGCCUGGAAAACUGCCAAAGAGAAGCAGGCCAAGAAAGCCGGCCCGGCUGAUGCGAAGAAAGGCAAGAAGGGCAAUGACCAGAUGACUCGAGAAGAGCGCAUGCGGGACACGGCAACGGCGGAACCCAGCGCUUUUGAAUCCUUUGAACCUGAUGCGCCAUUGGAUGGAUUCCAUCUCGCGGACGUCAAGAAGCUCACUCCCUCUGAAUUUGAGGAACAUGCUAAAGAGCUGAGGAGACGCUAUGUCCCAGAACGGCUGAUUACAGCCUUGCGACGUGGCAUCGGUGUUCAUCACGCUGGUAUGAACCGUAAAUAUCGUCAACUAUGUGAGAUACUCUUCCGAAAGGGGUAUCUGCGGGUUGUGAUAGCCACUGGCACCCUCGCACUUGGUAUAAACAUGCCUUGCAAGACUGUUGUCUUCUCCGGCGACUCUAUCUUCCUCACCGCCCUUAACUUCCGCCAGGCUGCUGGUCGUGCUGGUCGUCGAGGCUUUGAUGUGCUUGGAAAUGUUGUCUUUCAGGCACUUCCCUAUUCCAAGAUCUGCCGGCUGCUCAGUUCAAGACUCCCUGGUCUCCACGGCCAUUUCCCCAUCACGACUAGUCUGGUUCUCCGCCUCUUCACAUUGCUAUAUGAAUCGAAGCAGGCACCUAACGCGGUAAAGAUGAUCAACUCCUUGCUAUCGUGCCCGCACAUUUACCUCGGUGGAGGGGAGGCGCGAGACUCUGUAUUGCAUCACCUACGAUUCUCAAUCGAGUUCUUACGGCGCAAUCACCUUCUAGGUCCAGAUGGCGCCCCUCUAAACUUCGCAGGAUGCGUCUCUCAUCUUUAUUUCGUGGAAAACUCCAGUUUCGCCUUCCACUCCUUGCUGAAGGACGGUUACUUCCAUAAUUUAUGCAGAGAUCUGGACACCUCGCGUAAACAGAAAAUCCUUACGCUGAUGCUUAUUAUGUCCCAUCUUUUUGGCCGCCGACAUCUUCGGCCCUCUGUACUGGAACAUCAGCAAAAUGCUGUUAAAAAAUCGACUUCGAUUAUUGUCCUUCCGCCCUUGCCUAAGAGAGCAGCCACGGUGCUACGUCGCAAUAAUAAGGAAAUACUUAAGAUAUACAGCACCUACGUCAAAACGUUCGUGGACCAGCACAUUACGGAGCCCGACCAUAAGCUACCUUUGACUGGGAUGAAGUGUGGCGGAGACGCUGCGGUUGAGCUGGGCAAAGGUACUCCUCCGUCACCUGCAAAGUAUACAUCAGCAUUUUACGCUCUAUCAGGACAUCACGAUGAGUGGAGUGACAUAUCCGACCUCUGUCAAAAAGUGCGUGGCGGCGUCUGGCUCGAGAAAGCUGUUGUUCCGUACUUGGGGCUCCCCGAAGAAGACAACUUACCCCUUAACGCGUACCUAUACGACUUCUUCAAGCACGGCAACAUUGACGCUAUCGAGCGGGACAAUGACGUUCGCAAGGGCGACAUCUGGUUCCUGUUGAACGACUUCUCCAUGGUCCUUGCAACGAUCGUGACUAGCCUUGAAAACUUCCUCAAACUUACGCCGGGGACGGAUGCGGAUGCGAUUGAUGUCAUGGGUAGUGGUGAGAUGUAUGAAGGGGAGGUAGAUGUCGGAGCUAUGCAAGAUGGUGGGCUUGAUGGCAUGGGAGAACUUGGGGACGUGGGCGUGGGCGUGUUGAAUCGGCCGAUAGUACCAACGACCGCUGCUUCCACUCCGGCCCCAACUACUGCCAGUAAACCGCGCAGGAAGAAGGUCGUGGACAGCUGGGAAGAUGAGGAUGUGGAGGACAAUGGUGACAAUGAUGGUAACGAUGGUGCCUCCAAAGGGGGCGAAUUUGGGGAUGAGGAUCCCGCGGCUCCGUGGGAUGGGAAGGAUCGUGGUGGGAUCUUCAAUGUGCUGAAGGGAUUCAAGCUGUUGCGGGAGGAGUUCGAUAUGAAAUUCAGGGAGAUGUGGGCAUAGUGUGUGCGUUGCCCGUUCGAGAACUUGAUAUAGUUUUUAUUGUGCUUCCUGUGUAUUGUUUGAGUCUUUUAUUUUGUUUUUCUAGAUGGGAUAAAUCUUCGAAAGAGCUGGGGCUACUUCUGUAACCGCCUACUACCUAGAAUUGGUUUUGCUUGAAAUUUGAUACCACAAUUCGAGGUACGGGGAUCUCUAGACUAUACAGGACUUUUCAUGUUUUUGCUUGUCUGAAAAGAUUUUGUCGGUCUAAUUUAUUUAAAUACUAAAAAAGAAAUGAGAUAGUCUGCCAGUGCUAGCAGUAUUCGAUCUCUACUUGUUCAUGGACAUUUAGCCUUCAUGCCAUUGACCAUAACUUGAGGGGGAUGGAAAUGUUGUUGGCAUCUUUCGACGCGAUGUGAUGUGAUGAUGUGAUACCGACGGGCGUUGGGGUUUCUAUCACAGCGUAAUUUCAUAGAAGGAAAUCUCGCAAUCUUUUAUAAAAUGAAAAUAAUUCCACGCGUUUUCGUAGAGGAGGUAAUAAGCAUUUAUUCAUAGCCUUCACGUCCCCAAAU